ACUCCCUUAAGUACAAUUUCUGCCGACAAGUGCCAGCAGCACCACCAGAAAAUAUCAUCUUGUAAACUUGCAAACAUCAAGAUGAAAGUCCCGGUGCUCCCUGUCUUUCCCCAUCGUGAUGUUCCAGUGGUCCUAGCUGUCACUACAUUCGGUCUAAUGACGGGUGUCCCCGAUGCCAGGAUUUACAAGUACAACUAAGUACAUAUGUCGACCCUUUCUUCAAUUUACUCUGAUUUUUGAAAACUUAUUUUUACGUACCACUCAGCCUCGUGUGAUGGUAUUGUGCGCUGGCGAUUGAAGGACAUACACGACAAUCUACUAGCCAGCUAGCAAACCCUACCCCGACCACAGCUGCUUAUCAAUAUCACUCGUCGUUACGCGGUACCCCAUGACUUGGACUGUUCAACCAACUGCUCCUUCACAGAGCCUUCGACCUCUCACAUUCGACCGUGCCAAUAGAGGGAGGCCGGUAAAUUCAUUAUUCCCACUGUUUCGACUCCCUGUCGAAGUUCUACAGGAUGUAGCUUCCUAUAUUCCCUCGUUGGAUUUGGAAACGCUCGCUUUUUUGGACCGUGACUGCCGACAGCUGGCGCGUUCCGUACAAUUCUCCAACGUGCGACUCACAUACAAUGAUGCGUCUUUGGGCCUUGUGGAGACGCUCCUCGCGGAAAUGCAAGCUCGGAAUGGAUCUGUUCAAGCCUUAGGCCUAUGUAUUCGACACCUUACCAUCGAACUUGGUACCCCCAGUUUGACCGAGGCGCGUUUGACGCGUUACCCGAAUCUAAAUGAUCUUCUCAAACGGUUACCUGGACCGAAAAGAGCGCAAGACGCGUUACUUGGAGCUCUGGCCACCAUUUUGAGCUGUUCUUUGCCAAAUUUGCAAAGCUUGAAUUGGCAAAGCCGAAUCGUGAUUUCCGCAGAGCUGAUGCAAUCCAUAACUAUGUCGAAUGCCCGCCAUGUUUCAAUAAAUCGUGCAUCCUUCGACCCUAAUCUGGACGUGUUCGACUUCUAUAGUAGUCCCAAUUGGCCCAUUGAAAGUUUGGUUCUGAAUGCGGAAUGGAUGAUUUCCAACUCGGAAAACAUAAGCUCUGUCACCAAUAUUAUGACAGAUAUGCUUCGAGCCGCUUCCCCCACGCUACAAAGCUUGUCCUGGAAGGGGAUGAGACUACCUCUUUACCUAUCCUUUGGUCGGGAAACUCUCAAUUUUCCGCGCUUACGUGCUUUGUACUUGGAAGCGGUUCCGAUGGCGGACUUCAGCAUUCUCUCAUCCUUCUUGUCAUCCAGUAACCGCAUUACCUCGUUGGAAGUCAGCAGCUCAGAUCGCAAUACCGCCGAUUUUCUAGCACAUCGAGGUCAUUUGGAAGCCCUGGAAUCCUUUUCGUGGAUAAAUCAACACGCUACUGUAGAUGAGGACGUUAUCUUCUUUCUCGAGGCCAACUGUCAGCUUCGUUCCUUGUCCAUUGCUCAAUCGCUCCCUCCAACAACCAUCGAUACCAGAAUCCUACCUGUGGUUAAAUUGAGCUUUCUUCGUCUCACCUCGCUCCAUCUGGUUUGGGACGCUAUUGCUGUUCCUGAAAAUUCGCUAUCCGUUAUCGGAUCGCUGCACCAAUUACGAAGGCUUUGGUUGUCUGCAGGUAAUCAACUGGGAUGGUGCACCAACUGGAAAAUCGAGCAUGACGUUAUGCUACAUUCACUGCGACCCCUCGCUCAACUUGAAUCUCUUACAUUUUCCCGAGAUUCGUAUGCAGUCAAUGGACAUCCCUUACUCGACUCGUCUAUCGAAAAAUACUAUGUCAAUGCCGUUUUCCCCCGUAACAUCAACUUUCAAAAUUAUUUAACGACUGACGAACGAGCUCUACUAGAAAAAGCCAUCGGCCUAGCGAAUUAUAUCGAUAUGUCCUUCGAACAAGCUCGUUCGUUGCAGAGUAGACUGAUGAAGGCUGCUUGGGAAAGAUGGCAUCAACAAAGGAUGCUUAAGCUUGCUGAGCUAUAUGCAAACGCGUUUUCUCACUUAUCAUGGUGCUAUAUGGGCCAGAUUUCCAUGAAAUUAGAACGAACUGACUCCGGAAUCUAUGCUAUCGCAGAGACACCGUUUAGAGAGAAUAUUAGACCACCAUAUCCACUGCAUUAA